UUCGGGAUACACGGGCGGGCGUUCACGCGGCGCCGCGCGCUCGUUCGCGUGACGCCCAUCACUGACACAACCUGUAUGAAGGGUCGGAGGAGCGACAGCAGCAGAGACCCGGCCCUGGACUUGGACCUUGACCUUGACCUGCACACGGACGCGGUGACCUGGCAGCUGGAAGAUGUGGAAGUCGGUCGUGGGCCACAAUGUGAGCGUGAAGGUGGCUGCGGAGGGCGACGACUGGGAGACGGACCCGGACUUUGAGAACGAUGUGUCGGAGCAGGAGCAGAGGUGGGGGGCCAAGACCAUCGAGGGCUCGGGGCGCAAGGAGCACAUCAGUGUUGCAGAGCUCAGGAACUCGGUGGCGGUGGAGCACGAGCAGGUGAAGCAGAAGGAGCACGUUCCCAAAGCUUCCUACGGGUACGGGGGGAGGUUCGGGGUGGAGAAGGACCGCAUGGACAAGGCGGCUCUGGGUCAUGACUACGUGGCGCAGGUUGAGCAGCACUCGUCCCAGAAGGACGCGGCGAAAGGGUUUGGAGGGAAGUUCGGCGUUCAGUCGGACCGCGUUGAUCGGUCGGCUGUGGGCUUCGAUUACAAAGAGCAGGUGCAGCAGCACGCGUCUCAGAAAGAUUACUCCAAGGGGUUUGGAGGACGGUACGGAGUGGAGAAGGAGAAGGUGGACAAGGCUGCUCUGGGGUACGACUACAAAGGUGAAACCGAGAAGCACCAGUCGCAGAAAGAUUACGCCAAAGGAUUCGGAGGAAAGUACGGCGUGGAGAAGGAGAAGAUGGACAAGGCUGCUGUGGGGUACGACUAUAGGGUAGAAACAGAGAAGCAUCAGUCACAGAAAGAUUAUGCAAAGGGAUUCGGAGGAAAGUACGGGGUGGAGAAGGAGAAGGUGGACAAAGCUGCUCUGGGGUACGACUAUAAAGGUGAAACAGAGAAGCAUCAGUCGCAGAAAGAUUACGCCAAGGGAUUCGGAGGAAAGUACGGGGUGGAGAAGGAGAAGGUGGACAAAGCUGCUCUGGGGUACGACUAUAAAGGUGAAACAGAGAAACAUCAGUCACAAAAAGAUUAUGCAGCAGGGUUUGGAGGUCGUUAUGGAGUACAGAAGGAUCGCAUGGAUAAGAGUGCUGCUGACUUCUCAGACAUGGACUCUCCAUCCUCUGCUUAUGAGAAGACCAACCCAGUGGAGGCCUCGUGUGCCGGUGCAGGAAAGCUGAAGGCGCGCUUCGAGAGCAUGGCCAAGGCGUCCGAUGACGAGAAACGGAAGAAGGUUGAAGAAGAGCGAGCGAGGAGACAGGCCAAAGAGGGCCGGGAGCGAGAGGAAGCCAGGCGCCAGCAGCAGGAACAGAGCAGCCGACGGGAGGGACCGCUGCCUGUCCCAGAUGUGGAGUCAAAAUAUAAAAUGCCGCCACCAGACGUGUACUACAACAUGCCAGAGACACAAGAACCAGAACCGCAGCCAGAGGAUGAAGCAGAAGUCCCCCCAGACCUGCCUCCGCGCUCAGGGGACCUAUAUGACACCGACGCUCCACCGUUACCUCACAGAUCAGUAGAGGUGCAGGAGGAUGAAGGGGAAUAUGAGGACAUCGCUGAAGCGCCUCCUCUUCCUCACAGAUCAGCAGAGGAGGACGAAGGGGACUACGAGGACAUCGCUGAAGCUCCUCCUCUUCCUCACAGAUCAGCAGAGGAGGACGAAGGGGACUACGAGGACAUCGCUGAAGCUCCUCCUCUUCCUCACAGAUCAGCAGAGGUGGAGGAGGAUGGAGGGGAUUAUGACGACAUCACUGAAGCUCCUCCUCCCCCCCAUGUGGAGGCAGAUGUGGAAAACGACUAUGAAGACCUGACAAAGGGCGUGACGGCAAGAGCGAUUUAUGACUAUCAGGGAGAGGCAGACGAUGAGAUCUCCUUCAACCCAGAUGACAUCAUCACCAACAUAGAGAUGAUUGAUGAAGGCUGGUGGAGGGGGCAGUGUAACGGGAGCGUCGGACUGUUCCCAGCCGCUUAUGUGCAGCUGCAGGCAAAGUUGGGCUGAAGCAUCUUUGCACAAUCGUCACUUAUUCAACAUCCUGGCAAUGUUUGGUCAGCACAUGAAAUAUCUGUAGCACGUUUACAAAGCCAAUCAAAUCUGCACCAUCACUGCUUCUGAUUUCAAUCCUUUCACUGUAUAAUAUCUCAUGCAAACAGUAAAGCUUUAAGGGUGUCUUAGUAUUAGCAAGGUAUUAAAUCUGAUAAUUCAAAUCAAUCAAUAAACUAUUCUGAGCAUA